AUGGCGCGUACUGUCGCCGGACGGGAGGUAAUCGCUUCUGCCAUGAAACUCCAGAUCGAUGAGCUUGAAUAUGUCAUCGCCCGUCUCAUCGCCACCCGAGACCUCGACAUCCCCACCAUCCAAGAAAAAUCGGAAACCAUGCAAGCAGAAAUCGAAGCGCGACAAGAGGAGAGAGAAUUCACCAUGAGCAGAGUUGUCGCCGCGCUGCGAAUUCUUCCUGGAUAUAUAUUUCGACAGCUGUUUGUGUGUAUUCAUCAAGACAAUCCUGUGAAUCGACAAUUGCUUGUGGAGAGAUGGGAAGAGCAUUUCGAUGAUCUGGAUACGGAGUUUGAGGGGGAUCCUUUUCUGGGUGAUUCGCUUGCUUUGUUUGCUUAUAUGAAUGCGAAAUCCUCGUUAACUCUUCGACUGAUCAUUUCUUCUAUGGCCGGAAAUGAUAGUUCCCUUCGCGAAUAUGUGAAGAGGAUGUUGUUGAUCACGACAGAGGAUGGAAGUCUGGAGAUCAGAAGUUUUGAUCCGUUUGAGAGAGAGCGGUCUCCUGAGAUGGAGUUGGCGCCAAGGAUAUCAAGGAUAGAUAGGAUGCUUCUGCUGGAAUCUUCUAGUGGGCCUGUUGUGGAUGAUGAGCGGUCUCUGCGGGAUACUUCGAGCGAUUGGGAUAUUGAAGAGAAAAUGUUUGUGCGAGACGCUUCUGAAGACUCUUAUAUGAGUGAUACGACGCUUUUGCAAAGAAAUGCUUCUCCAGAUUUCACUGAGGAUUUGGACCUCGAUGGGGCUUUGAGGAAUACUUUUCCGGACUUCUCUGAGGAUUCGGAGCUCAAUGAUUGGACUCCUCUGAGGGAUACUUCAAGUGAUUGGGAUAUCGAGGAGACAAUUUCUGUGCGAGAAUCUUUCGUUUCCGACGAUUCGUAUGUCAGUGACACGACACCUUUGCAAGAAGAGUCUUCUUCGGACUUUGUCGAGGAUUCGGAGCUAAGUGAUGGGUCUUCUUUGAGCGAUACUCCUUUACGAGAUGCUUAUGAAGUGACGGAUAUUAGUGGCUGGACGGAUGAGAUGGAAGCUAUCUUUCGAGAAAACUAG